AUGUUGACGCGCGCGGUGAAUAGGAGUAGGGGCAUUAUCGCACUCCGCAUGCAUACCGUGAAUCACGUCGCGGUGCGAAUACUUCACGACUCCAUCAAUGCUACAGGCAACACAACCGCGCAGCAAAUCCAUAAUACCGAUCCGCCUCUCGCCCCCGUGCAAGGCGUGCACGCGCUCAACCCCACAUGGAGCAUCCCAUACGUGCAGCCUGUGGUUAUUGAGUCGCGGAUGCCCGCGUUCCACCCACAGCAACUGGUGAACGGGCUCCACCUAGCACCGCAGCCACAUAUUCCGUUUGCGGCUGGGACGGUCGCGUUUCAAAAUCAGCAGGAUGAUCUGACCGCGCAUGGAGUAUCCAGGCCUUAUCCCGGACCACAGGUUGAUGGACAACACACCGCGUCCCCGUCCGUGCUCACAAGCCAGCUCUAUGGGAUGUCUGUGCGUGGCUUCGUAGGGCCGCAGUACGCGAAUGUGGGAUUCAGGUACGGGUACAUCGGCGAUCAACCACCGCCCACGGUGCACGCACCCGCGUCUGUCGCGACUCCUCCAGUCACCCCGUCAACCCCAUUCCCCAACGCGAUCUAUCCGGAAAGCCAGCCAACGGGGCAAGCCCCGCCAGACCCUAGAGAACCAUUAGUGGUGGGCAACCAGAGGCGAACGCGGGGAACGCAGGACGUGGAGCGUGUGCAUGAGGAAACGCGGGAAGAGGAAGAGGGACUGAUGCAAGGGGAAACGCAGGAAGAGGAAGAGGGACUGGUGCGAGAGGGAACGCGGGAAGAGGGACAUGUGCAAGAGGAAGGGGUGGGAGAGCGAGCGCGGGACGUGGGACCGGUGUGGGAGGGAACGGAGGUAGUGCGAAUGGGCGGAGAGCGCCUGGGGCUUGGUGUGGACGACACGCCGGCCGCAAAAAGAGAGAUGUGCAUGGGCAUCCUCUACGGUUUCUCUGAGGCCACGCUGAAGAAGUAUCGCGGUUGGGCCAGAGAGUACAAGCUCUUCAUGGCGGACGAGCUGCCGAGACUGGACGUGAGUAGGUUCGGUGAGGAGGCCUCGUUGAGAAACACGAACCCCGACGAGAUCGGGGUCGCGCUCGAGCAGAAUAUGGGUGGUGACUGGAAGAUGGCUGAGGGCGACGAGCAGUGGUUCCACGGCCCUGAGACGAAUCCGUGGCGCUUACGCAAAUACGUGACCUUCCUCGUGAACGAGACGGUCGCGCAGGCGGACAGGAUGGCCACACUCAAGCGGUCCGACAAGACCUUGAAGAAGAGAUGCCAAUGCUCCCCUGCAAUGCUGAUGGGGCGUCUCAAGGCUUUGAACCUCCUCAUCAAGCUGGACGGGGCCAUCUUCAGGAAGCCCGUUCUGAACCUGCUGCGCGACUUUGCAGAGUGUCGCAUCUGGGUCCGCGUUCAAGUACGCGACCAGUACAAGCGGUUUAUCGCGACGGGCAAGACAAACAAGGACUUCUCGCUCAACUACAUCUCGGCAGUGAGACACAUAGAUUGGACUAUGUGCGUGGUCGGAGCCACGCUGCUCUGGCUGCACUGGGUGUACGACUUGGUCCCCAUCCUCUACGUGGACAUAGCCCCCCCUCUCAACUUCACGGAACCCUCGACGUGGUACGACCAGUACCUCUUCUUCCCCCUUCGCGCGGGCACAGAGAAGCAGAUACCGCCCACGACUCAUCACGACUGGGCGGCGAAGAUUCUGGGGGACGCGGGAAUCACAUGCUCGCGUGUGGUUCACGCGACGAGAGCUGGUGGGGCUCGGCACGCGUCCGCGGACGAAAUGCCCUCUGAUCAGCUGGCGAGACUGGGGGGUUGGCGCUUCAUCGACGUGAUGACUAAGCACUACCUCACAACUAUUCCGAGGGAGGCCGUGCUCCUGAAGGCUUGCUUCACAGAGGUUGAUGGUGACUACUUCCUGGGUCGCGCAACUGUUCCGGUGAGUGAGAAGCUGGAGAAGCAAUUGAGGAAGCACAUUUUCCCUUGGGCCGCACCGGACAAAGGACAGAAACAGUGCCAUGAUUACAACCGGAAGAUGGUCAGCGAGGACAAGGCGGAGAAGCAGGACACCGCGGUUACGCGAAUGGCCGAGCUCAUUGGGAAGGAGGGAGGCGGCCAGAACGCCGCCCAAAACGCGAUAAACCGUGUAAAGCGAGUCAUGGACUUCAUCUCCCGCAGAGUGGAGCGGGGAGACAACAUCGCGGUCGUGCUCGACAAGCUCGACCUCGUGUCUCGAACUGUGGGCAUGUCGGGUGUGUCGGAAGGUAUCGCGGUGAAGAAGAAGAGUGUUGACUUGAACCUGAGCAAGCUGAAAAAAGGUUCUCCGGCGGAGGUGCAGUUGCGGGUGAAAUGGAUGCUGGUACGCGACCGCAUGAUCGAUGCCUCUCUACCCGCGUCAGAGUUUCCGGUCGUGUGGCCUCAGUACUGUGCCCAGAUGCCCUGA